AUGUCGAAGAAUCGUGUAGCACCACUUAAGAAACUUACGUUACCACGACUAGAACUAAUGGCAGCUACAAUUGAGCACAUACCAGAAGCUUUACGUGUAACAGCAUACGUCAUGAGAUUUAUACAUAACUGUAGACAUUCUAGCAGACGACUUGAACCCUGGUCCUACAGUGAACUUACACACGCAGAGAGAACAUGGCUUUUAAACUGUCAAACCAUUACUUACCAGGAAGAAAUCAUCAACACGAGAUCCAGUAAAUCACGCUCAGAACUUGUCAAGCAACUAAGAUUAUUCAUCGACAAUGAUGGUGGAGUCCACUGUGGAGGUAGAAUUCACAACGCGCCACUGGCCGAGAGUUCGAAAUUUCCUUACCUGUUAGCACCAGAUUGCCACCAGAGAGUGUUACAUGCGGGCGUUGAUUCUACUAUCAUUUACAUUCGCCAGAAGUUCUGGAUCCCAGCUAUUCUUCAAUGUGUAAAGACAAUCAUUCGAAAAUGUGUCAUGUGCAGAAAGGUAACUGGGAAGUCAUAUGCAUUCCCUGAUCCACCUCCCUUACCCAGAUGUAGAGUAGAAGAUACAGUACCCUUCACAGUAACAAGUGUCGACUUCACAGGCGCACUGUACGUCAGAAGUAAGAAUGAAACUGAAGAAAAGGCAUAUAUUUGUUUAUUUACAUGUGCAUCCACACGAGCGGUUCACUUAGAAGUCGUCCGAGAUUUAUCCGAAGAAUCCUUUCUUCAAGCUUUUAGGAGAUUCACCAGCCGGAAAUCUCUACCACACGUCAUGAUCUCCGACAACGCUUCAACAUUCGUGGCUGCUUCUAACCAUAUAAGACGUCUGUUCGAGUCGCGGAAAGUACAAGAUGCCCUUACCAGUCAAGGUACCACGUGGAAGUUCAUACCCAAGCGCGCUCCAUGGUUUGGCGGCUGGUGGGAGAGAUUAAUCAGGCUCACCAAGACAGCAGUGAAGAAGACUCUUGGUCAUUCUUACGUUAACUUCGACAUGCUACAGACGGUAGUUACCGAAAUAGAAGCUGUUUUGCAUGACCGGCCACUAACAUACGUCUCUUCCGGUAUGAAUCCAGAACCACUCACACCAGCACAUCUUCUAUAUGGCAGACACAUUAUAACAUUACCAUAUCACGACCCUAAAGAUGAAACAGUCCCAAGUUCAAUCCUUGGUGAACACCGUAACAUUAAUAAACAAGCCAAGAUCCAGAUAUUUUAA